AUGGAUGAUAAUUCAAAGAAUACACUUGAAGAAUUUAAUGAUGAUCCACGUGUUACUUGUCAAUACGGCGCAAGUUGUUAUCAAAAAAAUCCAAAACAUCAUGAAAAAUACAAACAUCCACCGGUAAUUCAACAAGCUCAAGUCGUUGAAGAUAGUGCUGAGCAAGGUAAAAAACGUAAAGUAGAUGAUGAGUGCGAAAGUGAUGAAUCUGUAUCAUCAAAAAAAUUCAAGAAUAAUGAACAUAAUGAAUCUGAACCAGUUGUAGAUAAACAGAGAAUAUCACCAAGUCCAUCUACUUCUUCCGACGAUGAUGAUUUUGUGUGUGAUGAGGAUGAUAUUGAAAGAAUAAUGAAAGAAGCAUCCAUUAAAAAACCCAUUGAUAACUCUGCGAACUCAGAUAAAGAUUUGAAUGCGGGACAUUCUCGAGUACCAGCAUCAGGAAUAAACAAUGUGGUUGAUAAAAAGAAAAUUAUCUUAGACUUAUUCCUUGUAGAAAUGCCAGAUGACUUCUACAAAUUUUAUGAAUUUUGUUGCUCAUUGUCUAAAGAUGAUCCCCAGUCAGCUUUAAGAAGUGUUGAUUUGAAGCUUGUUGGUCCUUAUGAUGUUUUGUUGGAUAAAAUAAAAACGUACUCUGACAAUGAUAAAGAAAAAUACUUGCGGCAUUGGAGAUAUUAUUAUGAUCCACCUGAAUUUCAGACUAUUUUAAAAGGAAAUGAUAAAGAUGGACUUCACUAUGGAUAUUGGCGUGAUGAGAGCAAGACACAGCCUACUUUUAUUGCUAAAAAUUCAGCUAAUAAAAAUUAUAAAAUAGUUCCAGUGGCACCAAAUAUUUUCAGUGCAGUAAUGGCUCACAUAGAAGAGCGUCAGAAAAUUGCUAAUCCUUUUGAGAAGGGGAAAAUUUCCCGAGUAUUACAAACCUUGAAAAAUUAUGCUAAAACGCAUGAUAUAUGCUUAGAGAAAAAUUCAGCUGGCAUGCAAAAACGCAACCGUGAAGUCAUCACUAAAACUUUGCAUGGUGCUGGUAUUGUUGUCCCGUACAAUAAAAAAACACAAUUGGGAUAUAGGCAGUUAUCAUUAACUGACAGUCACUUAAUAAAAUUAUUACAUCAGAUAGAAAAGGCAGACAGUAUUGACGUCAAAGUAUAUCUGGGUAAAUUGGAAGAAGUUGUAAGGCUUGCGACAAUAGCAGCAGAUGAAUGUGACUUUGGUACGCCUCUUGAAUUAGGUCAUGAUUUAUUUAGUUGUGGAAUUGAAGCUGUUCAACGAAUAGCUUUACAAAUGCUUGCACUGGCUUAUAAUCUCCUUAAGCGGCCAGAAUUUUUGAAAAUCGCAGAAGCGCAUAUUUCUCAUCGAAAGAAAGGGUGUGAUUUAAGCGUUUUGUGA